AAUUUUGAGUCCAAUUUGAGUCCUCUCCCUCUUCCUUUGAAACUAGUUUGAAAGUGUAAAAAUUCACACACAAGAGCAACAUCAACAGCAAUCAUCACAAAAAUUCACUGUUAAUUCUCCCUUCAUCUUUCUCUCUACACACAGAUCCCAACAAUAAACCCUUCAACUGCUACUCUACAUCAAUCUAGGGUUUUCAAUUCUCACAAUCCACCUAUGAAACACUGAAUUAAUCACCUAAUUCAACAAAUUCCAAUCUUCAAUUGUUCAAUCUAGUGGUGAAAUUACACAAAUUAGGUCUUAUGAAACCAUCUUCUUCCACGAAUCUUCUUCUUUUGCUCUUCCUUGUUCUCUCAUCCUUCGUUUUCUCCGAGGAUUCCAAGAAGAAUGUUUUCCGGGAACGUGAAGCCUCCGAUGAUGCCUUAGGAUACCCCGAAAUAGAUGAGGAUGCUUUGGUGAAUUCAAAAUGUCCUAUGAAUUUGGAGUUAAGAUGGCAAACGGAAGUUAGUUCUAGCGUCUAUGCAAACCCCUUGAUUGCUGAUAUUAACAGUGAUGGAAAGCUUGACAUAGUGGUUCCUUCUUUUGUUCACUACCUUGAAGUUCUAGAAGGUACCGAUGGGGACAAAAUGCCAGGCUGGCCUGCUUUCCAUCAAUCAACUGUGCAUUCUAGUCCUCUUCUAUACGACAUAGACAAAGAUGGGGUGAGAGAAAUAGCGUUGGCAACCUACAAUGGUGAAGUGCUUUUCUUCAGAGUUUCCGGCUAUAUGAUGUCAGAAAAGCUUGUGGUCCCACGUAGGAAAGUGCUUAAAAAUUGGUACGUGGGUUUGAAUAAUGAUCCAGUGGACCGUACCCAUCCAGAUGUUCAUGAUGAUCAACUUGUUCAAGAAGCUACUAUUGCAAAUUCUAUGUCCCAAAUGAAUGGAAGCAGACAUGAACUCAAUUCUUCAGCUGCCACAUCAACAGAAAGUCACCCUGACACACAAAGUCUGUCCAAUCCAGAGCCUGAAAAGAAAAUAAAUGGAAGCCAAUCAGAGGAGAAUAUUAAGAUGCCAACAACUGCGGAUAAUUCCUCUGUGAGUGCUGGUUCUAUGGAGACUGUUAAUGCAGAUAACAAAACCAGCACCGGGAGGCGUCUGCUGGAAGAUAACAACUUAAAAGGAGCUGAACAAGGUGGUUCUGAAUCCAAAGAUAAGGAAGAGAUUCAUGUUGCAACUGUGGAAAAUGAUGAAGGCUUGGAAGCAGAUGCUGAUUCGUCUUUUGAGAUAUUUCGCAAUAGCGAUGAGCUGGCUGAUGAGUACAGCUAUGAUUAUGAUGAUUAUGUUGAUGAAUCACUGUGGGGUGAUGAAGAAUGGACUGAAGUGAAACAUGAUAAAUUAGAGGAUUACGUGAAUGUUGACUCACAUAUCUUGUGCACUCCUGUCAUUGCAGAUAUUGACAACGAUGGUGUAUCGGAAAUGGUUGUUGCUGUCUCUUAUUUCUUUGAACAUGAGUAUUAUGACAAGCAGGAGCAUAUGAAAGAACUGGGUGAUAUUGAUAUUGGGAAAUAUGUUGCUGGUGGUAUUGUUGUUUUUAAUCUGGAUACAAAACAAGUUAAGUGGACUGUAGAACUUGAUCUGAGUACAGAUACAGCAAACUUCCGAGGGUACAUAUAUUCUUCUCCAACUGUUGUAGAUUUGGAUGGUGAUGGGUAUCUGGACAUUCUUGUUGGAACUUCUUAUGGCCUAUUUUACGUGUUAGAUCAUCAUGGUAAAAUUAGAGAAAAGUUCCCUCUUGAAAUGGCCGAGAUUCAAGGAGCUGUUGUUGCAGCUGAUGUUAAUGAUGAUGGAAAAAUUGAGCUAGUUACUGCUGAUACACAUGGAAAUGUUGUUGUAUGGACACCCAAAGGAGAUUUGAUAUGGGAAAAGCAUCUGAAGAGUCUUAUUCCACAUGCUCCAACUGUUGGCGAUAUUGACGGGGAUGGCCAUACGGAGCUUGUUGUGCCAACAAUAUCUGGGAAGAUUCAUGUUCUCGAUGGCAGGGAUGGAUCAUCUAUUGGACGGUAUCCGUUCAUAACUCAUGGAAGAGUGAUGAAUCAAGUUCUUCUAGUUGAUUUAAGUAAACACAAGGAAAAAAAGAAGGGAUUGACUAUUGUUACCACUUCAUUUGAUGGUUAUUUGUACCUCAUUGAUGGACCUACAGGCUGUGCUGAUGUUGUUGAUAUUGGUGAAACUUCAUAUAGCAUGGUAUUGGCAGACAAUGUGGAUGGUGGGGAUGAUCUUGAUUUGAUUGUCUCAACAAUGAAUGGCAAUGUCUUCUGCUUCUCAACUCCCUCUCCUCACCAUCCCCUCAAGGCAUGGAGAUUGCCUAGCCAAGGAAGAAAUAAUGUUGCAAAUCGGUACGGUCGUGAAGGCAUCUACGUUACUCAUCCUUCUAGGGCAUUCCGUGAUGAGGAAGGCAAGAGCUUUUGGGUGGAAAUUGAGAUUGUAGAUAAUUACAGAUACCCAUCUGGUCAUCAAGGACCAUACCAUGUCACUACAUCCUUGUUUGUCCCUGGUAAUUACCAAGGAGAAAGAACAAUAAAACAGAACCAGACCUAUAACCAACCUGGUAAACAUCGAAUUAAGCUACCAACUGUGGGAGUAAGGACUACAGGAACAGUUUUGGUUGAGAUGGUUGACAAAAAUGGGCUAUACUUCUCUGAUGAAUUCUCCCUGACAUUCCAUAUGCACUACUAUAAAUUGUUGAAGUGGCUUCUUGUUCUUCCGAUGCUUGGGAUGUUUGGCGUGCUUGUCAUCCUUCGCCCACAAGGCUCAGUGCCAUUGCCAUCGUUUUCGAGGAACAGUGAUUAGCAAUGAUUAUUUUGCUUCAUGCUAUAGGCAUCUCUGAGCUCAGAAAAUGUGAAUACUUUUUACAUAGAGUUAUGCAUGGUGCCGGUGUCAAAGUGCGUAUUUUAUGAGAAGCAUUUGUUCAAGCUUGGUUCAGAGAGAGUUGAGGGUUGCAACACAGUGAUUGAGAUACUGAUAAUGGGAUUUUCCCCUUAAACGUGUAGUGUAAUCAGAUAUGUAGAACUAGACUGUGUUUUUGGCAUCUUUAUAACAGAAUAGAUAUUUAUAAUAAUAUAUAGCUUUUUCCAAUUUGUUUCCAGUUUUCUUGUAUAUGUACUUCAAUUAGUUUUGGUUUCAACUUUCUCAUAUGGAAGUGAUCAGCUAAAACAGUAAAAAAAGAAGACAUUUGUUGAGUAUUUUUAAGUAUUAUGAAAGUAGGGCUACUUUUAUCUUA